AUGGCUUGUUCUGUUUAUCUGGUGGAGUUGGUGGGGCCUUCAGAGUACUAUGUUGGAGGGGACUCCUUCUCACAGUUCCGGUUUGCUGAGGAGAAAGAAUGGGAUAGUGAAGCUUCUUGUCCAAAACAGAAUUCAGCAUUUUACGUGGAUAGUGAGUUAUUGGUUCGAGCCCUUCAAGAGCUGCCUCUCUCCCUCCGACUCAACGUUGCUGCUGAACUGGUCCAGGCUACAGUUCCUUUAGAGCUUCCUCAGGUGAAACCAAAGAGAACUGAUGAUGGCAAGGGAUUAGGGAUGCAGUUAAAGGGGCCCUUGGGGCCUGGAGGAAGGGGGCCCAUCUUUGAGCUGAAAUCUGUGGCUGCUGGCUGCCCUGUGUUGCUGGGCAAAGACAACCCAAGCCCGGGUCCUUCAAGGGAUUCUCAGAAACCCACUUCCCCACUGCAGUUAGCAGGAGACCAUCUGGAAGAAGAACUAGAUCUGUUGCUUAAUUUAGAUGCACCUAUAAAAGAGGGAGAUAACAUCUUACCAGAUCAGACGUCUCAGGACCUGAAAUCCCAGGAAGAUGGGGAGGUGGUCCAAGAGGAAGAAGUUUGUGCAAAACCAUCGGUGACUGAAGAAAAGAACAUGGAACCUGAGCAACCAUGUACCUCCAAAAAUGUUACCGAGGAAGAACUGGAAGACUGGCUGGACAGCAUGAUUUCCUAAAAAGGGGAAAAAAAGUGCCUGAAGCAAAUCUCGGUUGCCUUCUAAGGGCAGGUGGGCAUAAGGCUGUCUGUCCUUCAGGAUCAGCCAGUUUACAAGCAUGCCCCAAGCUAGUGUGUUCCAUUAUGCUCACAGCAGUAAAUGCCUACCUCUGUGUUUGACAUCUGAAAGAAUACAUUGAAGCAGCUUGUUGCAUUUGUUUUUCUGGCUUAGUAAUCUAAUAGAUUUCCUUAAGGGCAGGAGAUAGACUCUGGCCCUUGUUUCUAGCCUCCUUCCUUGCAGUGUUUACAGCAUAGCCAGUGUUUACAGCAUAGCAGGUGCUGCUGCUGAUUAAGAGAAUAGAUGCAAACAAGGCAUGCAUUUGGCCAAAAUAAAAUGCUGGUCUGUCCA